UUUCUGAGAGCCAUCAACAAGUUUUCUGAGACUAUGAACCACAAGUUUCUGGAAAACAUGAAUUUUGAAGAACAACUCUGGAACAACUAUUUUCAUCUUGCGGUGGCUUUUAUCACCCAGGACACCUUGCAGCUAGAGCAAUUCUCCCAUGGUAAAUGCAUUAAGAUCCUGAACAAAUAUGGAGACAUGAGACGUUUAAUUGGUUUUGCUAUCCGUGACAUGUGGUACAAACUUGGACAGAAUAAAAUUCGCUUUAUUCCAGGAAUGGUUGGACCAAUCUUAGAAAUGACCCUUAUCCCUGAAGCUGAGCUACGGAAAGCCACCAUCCCAAUAUUCUUUGACAUGAUGUUAUGUGAAUAUAAACAUACUGGUGAAUUCAAAAAGUUUGAAAAUGAAAUAAUUUUAAAAUUGGAUCAUGAGGUAGAAGGAGGCCGUGGAGAUGAGCAAUAUCUGCAUUUGUUUGAGGCAAUACUCAUCGAGUGUUCUUCAAGCUAUCCUAAGAUCGCAAAGUCAGUUGAAAUGUUUGUAAGCCUGAUAAAAGGUCUUUUGGAAAAACUACUGGAUUACCGUGCUGUGAUGAACGAUGAAAGCAAGGACAAUCGUAUGAGCUGCACUGUGAAUUUAUUGAAUUUCUACAAGGAGAUUAAUCGUGAAGAGAUGUAUAUAAGGUAUCUGUAUAAACUUCGGGAUCUUCACUUAGAUUCUGAGAACUACACUGAAGCUGCGUACACCCUUCUGUUGCAUGCUUCACUUCUGAAAUGGUCUGAUGAACAGUGCACUCCUCAAGUCAUGCAAACAGAAUUUCAGAGUUCACAAACACACCGUCAUCUGAAAGAGCACCUAUAUGAGAUGAUAAUAGAAUAUUUUGACAAAGGAAAGAUGUGGGAAGAAGCAAUCGGCUUGUGCAAAGAACUAGCAGAACAAUAUGAAAUGGAAAUUUUUGAUUAUGAACUUCUAAGCCAAAACUUGAUUCAGCAAGCCAAAUUCUAUGAAAACAUCAUGAAAAUUCUGAGGCCUAAGCCAGACUAUUUUGCUGUUGGAUAUUAUGGUCAAGGGUUCCCCACAUUCCUAAGGAACAAAAUGUUCAUUUAUCGAGGCAAGGAAUAUGAGCGGAGAGAAGAUUUUCAAGCACAACUGAUGAGUCAUUUUCCAAAUGCUGAAAAAAUGAAUACCACUACACCACCUGAUGAGAAACAAAAGAACAGUGCUGUUCAAUAUAUACAGUGCUUCACAGUGCAGCCAGUUUUGGAAGAACAUCCUCAAUUCAAAAAUAAGCCAGUGCCUGAUCAAGUUAUCAAUUUUUAUAAGUCUAACUAUGUGCAAAGAUUCCACUAUUCAAGACCAAUCAGAAAAGGAUCAGUUGACCCUGAAAAUGAAUUUGCUUCUAUGUGGAUUGAGAGAACAUCCUUUAUUACGGCUUAUAAACUCCCUGGAAUCUUGCGUUGGUUUGAGGUUGUCUCUAUGUCACAGACUACAAUUAGCCCCCUGGAGAAUGCCAUUGAAACAAUGUCCAUGACAAAUGAGAAGAUUCUGGCGAUGAUCAAUCAGUACCAAAGUGAUGAGAACCUUCCCAUUAACCCUCUGUCCAUGCUUCUGAAUGGAAUUGUUGAUCCAGCAGUCAUGGGAGGGUUUGCUAAGUAUGAGAAGGCUUUCUUCAUAGAUGAGUACACUAGGGAUCACCCAGAGGAUCAGGAGAAACUAAGCAGGCUCAAAGAUCUGAUUGCUUGGCAGGUUCCUUUUCUUGCAGCUGGAAUUAAGAUUCAUGAAAGAAGGGUAUCAGAUAGCCUUCGUCCUUUCCACAAACGUAUGGAAGAAUGUUUCAGGCACUUAAAGGUUAAAGUAGAGAAACAGUAUGGAGUCAGAGAAUUGCCGGAUUUUGAUGACAGGCGGUUAGGCCGACCAACUUCUAUGCUGAGAUCGUAUCGCCAGAUGUCCAUUAUUUCAUUGUCCUCCUUGAAUUCUGACUGCACUACGCCAAGCAAGAUUCCUGCCGAAAGCUUUGAACUGGAAGUCAUGUCACCAAAGGCAACAGAAUCUGUGUCAGAUGAAAAUGGGCGUCUGAUAGGCAGCCAGCCUGAAGUGAAAAUGAGGAAAUGCCGGAAGAGAGAAAAGAGAAGCAGUGUAGUACUUGCAGACAAAAAACCUUCUGAACUUCCUGAUGUGAAAUGUCUGUCAAGAAAAUACGAAUUUAUGAGUGACACCAACCUUUCUGAACAUCUGGAUGUACCUCACAAAACAUCUGUUCUUAAGCAAAUGAGUUUUGCCAGCCGUUCGAUGCCAACCAUACCAGCUUUAACUCUAUCAGUGUGCUGCCCAGCACUUGAAGAAACAAAUGUGUCACAGAGAAUGAGCCAGACAAGUAUCCCACCCAUCUUGGAAACAGAUAAGAAAACUCUAAAAAGGAAGAAAAUGAACCAGAUCUUCAAAACAAUAUACAAGCCCAAGCAACCUGAAGAUGGAAAGUGUACGGGUGAACAGCAAUCUGAUGUCUCAGAGCUGUGAAUAAAUUCCACUGUUUGGAAGAAAAGUAAUUACUAGCAAGUAAAAAAACCAACAACAACCAAGAUUCUAAAUUGGAGAUGAAGGCUGGCUUAGAAUGUUGAUAAUGUAUAUACAAAUCAUUUAUACAAUCCAGUGUUUUAAUCAAGACAUAAUGUUGUUACAUUCCUAAAUCCACAACAUUGUGUCAUAUACAACAUUUGUUAAUCUGUGGGCCAGUUCUUAGGCUCAAUAUGCUGGGAAUCAAGGGACAUGAAGUGGUCAUUGGAGAAAGCAUGGAUCUCUCACUGUGCAUAGAAAAUAGUAACACUGGACUUGAUGCUUGUAAUUCUUCUGCAUUUUAUUUGGACUUUAUAUUAUGCAUAUGGCAGCAAAUAUAUGUUUAUAGCUAUAAUCCAUUGCACAUGUGUGCUUGAUACCACAUAUUGCAAUCCUGGUAUACUAACACUGUAAACUGGAUCUUAGUUGACCCCACUGAACUGGAAAAUGUUUAAUGAGGUUUAAUGAUUUGCUAAAAUCAUAAUUUUAUUCAAGCAUAGUCUUACUUAAUUCCAUGGGAGCCAUCAUUAUAUAUUUAUCUACCAUUGCCAAAAUAUUUCCUAUGACCUCUCUUCUAUAUUUGAUUUCUUUUUCCUGGAAAAACAAAACAAAGCAAAAGGAUGGCUUAGUAACACAUUUGUCUCAUAUUAGGAGGCAGUCUAACUUUCUUGGCUUAAGCAGUUUUGUUCCAAAAUUGAUCAUGCCACUUUUCUCUACUACUACUGUCACUAAAGCCUCAAAUUGUGAUAGUCCAGCCUGGAGUGUGCCCACAAGUUUAUAAUUUUUGUUGUUUUUAAAAUACUGUUUCAUAAAUUGUAUCUUCUUUCUUUUAGGAAGUCAUUUCAAAAAUGUAUAUCUUUACUGGAUCAUUAUGCAAAAAUGAUGUCAAAAUAUUCAUUAGUUUCUGUAAUUUCUAGCUGAAGCAUGCAGUACAACUGCUUUGAUCUAAUAAACAUAUGAUCA